ACUCCAAUUCCCUUUCACUGCUUCCAUACUCUUUCAUUCUCAAACACAUUAAACUUUCUUCAUUCAUAGCUACUGUUACUUACAUCAAACACAUUGGUCAAAUAAUUAAAGCCCUCUCUUCCACCCUAGAGUAGUAGUAAAGAAAACCCUUCACUAUAUUUUCACUGAUCAUGGCUCCACCUGCAUGUAGAUCCUACUCUCUACUACUACAUGGACUCAUCAAAUUUCUCACUGUGCUUUUCAUCUUUUCCCUCUCCAUUCUACCUCCCAAAUCAGAUGGAUCAAUGUUGAUAUUGAAGAGAGCAAUAAUGGUGGAAAGCAAGGUAGGAUCAAGUCCUCCUGCAUGUGUGAACAAGUGCAUGAAGUGUAGGCCUUGCAUGGCUACACUUGUUAAUUCCAAUAACAAUGAUCCAAGAGGGAACAAGAACAAGAACAAGAACCAUUUCAUCAAAUCAUCUCAUGGGGAUGAUGAUACCUAUUACUUGCUUCAUUGGAAAUGCAGAUGUGGCAACAAGUUGUAUCAACCAUGAUUUCUCAUCUAUAUUCAUUUUAAUUAUUAUUAAUUACUUCCCAUUAUUAUAUAUUUUU